CAUCCUAUGCAUAGGUCCGCUUCAUAUGCACACAGACAGACAUCGAAGACAGAACUAAGGCCUGUUGCCAGCUGAUCCUUGUCCUGGACGCUCAGGGUGUGGACUUCUCGAAGACCCUUCUGGAUGCGCCUCAUGACUUGAGGACGAGUCCAUACCUCACUCCGAGAAUUUCUCUCGAAGGUGCUCAUAUUGUUCUCCAAAGCGUUCAUAUUUUUUUGUCUUAUGGCUUGCCGUUCUGUCCUUGCCUUUUCUUUCUCAGUACAAGGUUCCCCAUCAAUAUGUAUAGUCAGGUUGUCCGUUGUGAAAAGAUCCUUUAUCUCGAGUGCCAGGGACCUUCCUACAUCAAUGAUGGUUUCGUUUUUCAUCUUUGCAUGGACGACUCUGCGGAGGAUGUCAUGAACAGAAUGGUCAGGAUUUGCCGCCAAGAAAGUGCCCACGCCAGUUUCCGAAGGUAAAACCCCGCGACCCGCAACCAGUUUGAAGAAGGACUUCAGCCCCAUGGUCAAUAUCUAAGCGAAAAGAGAAAGAAAAAAAGGAAAAAUGGUGGUGAUGAAAAGAAAUGAAAAAGAAAAAAAAAAGAGCGACAAAAGUAUAAAAGGAUGAGCUUUUUUAUGGUGUAAAGAUUCAAAGCGAAUAGAUAAAGAAUAUUGAGGGAAAGAUACAGGAACAAGUGGCAG